AUGGUGAGAACUAAUGAACAAACACACGUAUCAAACCGAAAAGCUCUAGAUUUUUCUACAGAUGAGGUUUCAGUAGUACAAAAAGCUGUAGAAAUAGAAAAACAACGAAAUAUCCCUCUGAACCAAGGACGAAAAGAUACGAUGAAUCCGAACAAAUCAGACAAUGUACCGCGCCAUAAGACACCAGUCAUCACGACUAUACUGAAUGAACCAAAAGUUCAAACCAAGAGCAUCGAAGACAUCAUCAGAGAAACAGAAAACAGUGUUUCACCUUUUGUAGCGGCAGGACCCGUAAGAGAAAUAGAUCAAGCAAGCGCAGCCUCUUUCGACAGAGAUUUUAGCCUGACUAAUAAAUUCCAACAACUGAGACUCCAGACAGAUAGUUUGUCAAACAAAUCAUCGCCACGCAUUGUAGACCAUAAAGAGGAUAUCCCUACUAUGAUGGUGAACCUUAAGAAAUCACUAGAAGAUAAGAUGGACGAGAACAUACGUUUAAUCAGUGAGAAAUGGGAUUUCGGCAUAAAUAUGCUGAAUGACGAAUUUAAUCUAAAUUUUGAUGAUAUCAAGAAUGACGUGUUGACGACACGGGAAGACUUACUCCGACAUAAUACCACAGCAGCAUGCGGAGAAUGUCAGUGCGAGAAAAUAAUUGAAGCGCAAGGAUUAGCAUGUAAACAAAUGAUUGAGAUCCAUAGCACACACCUUAGCGAAAUGAUGUGUAGGUUAGGAGAGAAACUAGAUCAUCAAGCACACCAAGUGGUUUUGCUCCAUAUGAAUGUGACACGAAUUGUAUCAAUGCUGAAUAACAAAGCCAAGAAAGAAACAGAUCUGAAGGAGGAAAUUAUCGGAAAUAAUCCUUUCGCAGAGUAUAUAACAGUUCGCAAAGACGAACAGCACGAUGAUAUACAGUAA